UAAUGUCUUAAUAAACAAUGUAAUUUCGGUACCAAAAUAUUUAACUCAUAUUUUACAUGCAAAUGUAACUGCCAAGAAGUAACUCUUUUAUAAAUAAGAAUAUAAUAAUCAGUGAUCCUGAAUAUAAGUAGUCGUGUGCUCAUUCAAGAAAAUUAAGAAUGAGUUAGAACUCAGAACUAAGCCUUUAGAAUCAAAAUAAUGGUGAACAAGAGUUUCCUUCAAUUUAUUGCAAUUCUUUGCCUUCUAAUUCAGGAACACGCUCUAUGUGAUGGAGGGUUCAACGCUCAGUUCAUGGCCAGUGAAGCAGAGGCACUUCUUGAGUUCAAGGAAGGCUUGAAAGACCCUUCAAAUCUUCUAUCUACAUGGACACUUGGAAAAGAUUGUUGCCAAUGGAAAGGAGUAGGAUGUAACACAACCACAGGUCAUGUUAUCUCCCUUAAUCUCCAUUCUUCUAAUUCCUUAGAUAAACUUCAAGGUGAUUUAAGUUCAUCUUUGCUCCAAUUGCCAUAUUUAAGUUAUUUGAACCUUGGUGGCAAUGAUUUCAUGCAAUCUAGAGUACCUUAUUUUGUAGGUACUAUGCAAAGUUUAAAACAUCUAGAUCUAUCUCAUGCAAAUUUUAAGGGGAGACUCUUUGAUAAUCUUGGAAACCUUUCUCUACUUGAAUCACUUGACUUGAGUGGCAAUGAUUUCUAUGUCAUCAACAAUCUAAAAUGGAUUCAUGGACUUUCUUCCUUGAAAACUCUCGAUUUAAGUGGUGUUGAUCUUAGCAAUUGUCAAAAUGAUUGGUUUCAUGACAUUAGCAUAAUACUUCCUUCUCUCGAAACACUGCGUUUAUCGGGUUGCCGACUUCACAAACUACCUACCUUUCUUCCCCCUCAAGUAAAUUUUGAGUCUCUUGUAACUCUUGAUCUGUCUGUCAAUUAUUUCAAUAGUAUCCCCGACUGGUUGUUUGAAAAUUGUCAUCACCUUCAAAACCUUAAUCUCUCAAAGAAUAAUUUACAAGGUCCAAUUCCAAAUUCAAUUGGGAGUAUUACAACCCUUGCAACACUUGAUCUAUCACAUAAUAUUCUCAUUAGGUCAAUACCAGAUUCCAUUAACUUGCUUUUGAGUCUUGUAGCACUUGAUCUAUCAUACAAUAUGCUCAUUGGUUCAAUACCAUCAACAUUUGGUCAGGUUAAUGGCCGAAAUAGUUUGAAAGUGUUGCGUCUUUCUAAUAAUCACCUAAGUGGAUCAUUGGAAAGAAACAUUUACCAACUAUCAAAAUUGAUUGUGUUGGAUUUAGCUCAAAAUAGUUUAGAUGGUCAUAUCAGUGAUGUUCAUUUAUCUAACUUUAGCAACCUCAAAGUGUUUGACCUAUCUUUUAACCAUAUAACUUUGAAUAUGAGCAAAAAUUGGGUUCCUCCUUUCCAACUUGAAACUGUAGGUUUGGCAAACUGUCAUUUGGGCCCUCAAUUUCCAAAAUGGAUUCAAACACAAAAAAACCUCUCCCAUAUUGACAUAUCAAAUGCAAGUGUCUCUGAUACCGUGCCAAAUUGGUUUUGGGAUUUGUCACCUAAUGUUGAAUAUAUGAAUCUCUCUUGCAAUGAGCUGAAAAGAUGUGGACAAGAUUUUUCUCAAAAAUUCAAACUUAAAACAAUUGAUUUGAGUUACAAUUAUUUCUCAGGUCCCUUGCCUCGUUUGCCUCCUAACUCAAGGAUUGUGGAUCUGUCCAACAAUUUAUUUUAUGGAACAAUUUGGCAAGUGUGUGAAAUGUUGGGUGUCAAUAACUCAUUGCAAACUCUUGACUUAUCUUUUAAUAAUUUGUCAGGAGUCAUCCCAAAUUGUUGGACAUAUGGGACAAACAUGAUUAUUGUGAGUCUGACUAAAAAUAACUUUAUUGGGUCAAUUCCAGAUUCUUUUGGUAGCCUCACAAAUCUUCACAUGUUGUUAAUGUCCAACAAUAAUCUUUCAGGAAAAAUUCCAGACACUCUAAAAAAUUGUCAAGUACUGACUUUUUUGAAUUUAGAGUCGAAUCAAUUUUCAGGGCCGAUACCAUCGUGGAUUGGUACAGACAUGCAAAUUCUAGAGGCACUCUUGUUGGGUAGGAAUUCCUUUGAUGAAAAUAUUCCAACAACGUUAUGUCCACUAAAAUCUUUACGGAUGUUAGACCUUUCUGAGAAUCAAUUGAGGGGAGAGAUUCCAAGAUGUGUCUUUCCUGCAAUGUCUACUACUGAAAGUGUAAACGAAAAAUCGUAUAUGGAGUAUCUUACAAUUAAGGAAAGCCUUUCCAUCUAUCAGUCUGAAUGGAAGCUUGCACUUCGAACUCAACUCAGACGGCCAAACAGUCAGCUUCGAUUGUUUAUUUCUGGACGUCGAGUUGAUGGUUUUAAAAUGAUUGACUUGUCAUCAAAUUAUUUAACCGGAGGCAUUCCUGUAGAAAUGACAAAGCUAGUUGAAUUAGUUUCUUUAGAUUUGUCGAGGAACCAAUUGGUGGAUUCCAUUCCUUCCGAUAUUGGUGAACUGAAAAACUUGGAAUUGUUGGAUUUGUCGUGGAACCAAUUGGUGGGUUCCAUACCCUCCAAUAUUGGUGAAAUGGUAAACUUGGAAGUGUUGGAUUUGUCGUGGAACCAAUUGGUGGGUUCCAUUCCCUCCAAUUUUGGUGAAAUGAUAAACUUGGAAGCAUUGGAUUUGUCAAGGAAUCAGUUAUCAUGUGACAUUCCCACUAGUAUGGCAAAUAUGGUAUUCCUCUCUUAUUUGGAUUUAUCAUACAACACUUUGUCUGGGAAAAUUCCAAUCAGCAAUCAGUUACAAGAAUUUUACAACGUUUCCUACCAAGGUAAUCCACGCCUUUGUGGUGAUCCACUGACAAAAGCGUGCCCAAAAAGUGGAAAAAUUUCAUUCGAGGACGCACAAUGCAGGAAAAAUGAAGGGAAGAUUGAACAUGAAAACGAUGGUAACCAUAAAGAGAAUGGAAUAAAUCCAUGGUACAUAACCAUGGCUGCUGGAUUUGUCACUGGAUUUUGGGCAUUUUGGGGCUCCUUAAUAUUCGUUGCAUCUUGGAGACAUGCUUAUUUCCGUUUUCUAAGCAACAUGAAUGAUUGGAUCUAUGUCACAGUAGUUGUCGCAUAUAAUAAAUUGCAGAGGAAGCUUCACACUCAAGAACCUCCCAUGUAACCUAACUAUGUGUUUGCUUUGUUAUUGUGUUAAGAAAUAGAUGACACAAAAUUGUAUCUAAGAGUGUUGAUGAUUAUGAAUAAAUAAUUUCAGCCUUAAACAUGUCACUAUAUAUAUUCUGUGUUUGUGUGUAUCAUUAUGAAUUUAUGAUCGAUGUAAAUCUUACUAGUCUUUGUUUCCUAAUCAAAGUGAUCAUAUGACAAAAAAAAUUUGGAAAUUUUCUUGCAAUUACUUAUAUGUAGAACUCAAAAAAAUA